AUGACAUCUCUUCAGGAUGGUGUAGAGAUGUGGGGGGAGUGUGCAGGGCAGGUGUGCGAGGAGUGGGGACACGUUGGGUCCAUGGUGCAGUUUGUGCAGGUGGCCUCCGGGAGAGCAGUUUCCGGAGAUGAAUUUCCUUCUCCUCCACCACUGCCCGUGGGCUCUGAGGCUGAUGGAGAGAGACCCGCCACACCCCUGCAACACUCGGAAUCAAAGCCACCCAGCGUCAGAGCAUGGACGAUCGAGGUGGACUUACCCGCUCAGAAAGAACGUGGGGCUUCCGUCGAGGGAGACCUCAAUGACCUUCCUUUGAAAAGAAAAAUGUCUUUGCAAGUAGGGCACAACACAUUUACUAUGAUGACCUGUAAGGGAGAGAAAGAUCAGAAAGUACUUUGCCACGUGGGUCCACUUGCUGGCAUUCCAGGCAGCUCUGCAGUCCCAUUCUCUAGAUGCCAGGUUUUAAGUAAUAACACAUGCUCAGCAGGCCCCCUCGGCUGUGUGCUGGGAGGACCUGGUGGGAGAUGGCCCCUUUGCAAGCUUCUGGUAAAUGAGCGCAGCUCCCACAGGGCCAUGUGGCUUCUUGGGCUGUGGGCUGUGGAAACAGCCCCCUCAGGCUGCCUGGGACCCUUCCUGGCUCCCCUCUGCCUGCUGGUCCUGACCGGAAGAAAGGACAGCUUCCCUGGUCCACCCAUCGGGCUUGGGCAUUGGUCACUAGGGACAGUGAAGGCUGCACAGGCCACGGCCCCGUCGGGUGGUGCCUGGUCUUGCUCCUUCAAGUUGCCACUCUUAAUGAGAAAAUUUAAAACCAGUGUUUACGAUAAUGCCCUUGUUCCCAUGGACACCAGUGAGCUGCACAACCAAGAUUAA